AUGUGGAACGUGCUCACGGCGAUCUUUGUGACGCAAGUGCUCAUGGUGUGCGCGUACUGUGCUGCACUGGCAACUUUCCCGGAGCACUGGUGGACCUGCACCCUGUGCUUCGGCAUUCCUUUUUCUUACAUCGCCAUCCAGAACAUCUACAUCGACCACGAUGUGAUGCAUGGUGCAACCUUUCCGGUGUACGAAUGGCAGAAGUUCCUCACCCACCCCUUUGCUGACUUCUUUUCCCUGCCUUGGGAGGAGUUUGUGCUUGAGCACAACCGCCACCAUGCUAGCACAGUUGACUUGCUGAUCCAGGGAGAGUUUGGUUGGGAUCCUGAGGAGUUCCACUAUGCGCUUCAGCAGUGGGCAGGCCCCAUGGGACCCAACUGGUACAAGUACCUCCUCACUGUGCCCUGGAUCCCCAUCAUCCACUUCUUCGGCCUGAACGACACAGGGUCGCUCUUUGCCCUGGAGUGGUGGAUGCACUUCCCUGAUGAGGGCACCGGCGGCAAGUGCAACAAAGAGUUUUGGAGCAAGUGGGUCCCCCGGCGAGUGAAGCACAACGCCUUCGUGCUGAGCCUUUGGGCGUGCGUUUGGCUGCUGGGCACGUGGCCCUUGGGUAGGCCUCUCAGCGAGGGCUGGAGGUUCAUGUUCGCCGUGUCCUUCUUUGCCCGCAUCGGCUACUCAGCGGCCUGGAUGUUCAUCACCAACUUCACCCAUUCCUUGCCUUGGAACGAGUUCCUGGCCAACGACCCCGGCCGCACUUGGCCCGUGCUGCACAACAUGAUGGCCCUGAUCUUGGGAGGGAAGCACCGCUGGAACGAGAUGCUGUUCCAUGACGUGCACCACGCCUUCCCGAACGCGGUGGGCACUCUGAGCCAGCGGGGCCGCUUCCACGGCUGGGAGAAGGUGCACGAUGCCGCCGCGGAGGUCUUGCACCGGGGGCUGUGGAAGGCCAACGGGGACGAAGAAACGCAGAUGCAGAAAACGCAAAAGAAGCGCUCCAUGAUGAUGAAGCAGGGCAAGUGA